GGCUCCAUUCGUGAAACAGGUGGAACAGGUGGGCACGAACCACAUACUUGAAACACCACAAGGAAGUAUCUGAGGCAGCCACGGCACCGAUGCCCACAUGGGCAGAGUCAUUGUACUGUCAUGCUAUGAAAAGGAGAUGUGGCUUCUGUGAGCGCACCAUGGCUUGAGCAAGUAUCGCAGGCGCGGAUGCGAAGCUCGAGUAGACAAGCCGAGGCAAUGUGGAGCUUCACGUCGAUCAUCCAUCCCCAGCAUCACCCGACUAAGCCGAUAGCGUAGUUGUAGACGGCGAGCCUUCCGACAUUCCAAAUGGUCUACCAAAGAUACCCGUAACCUUCUACAUUGUUCCAGCCUCACGAUGGGCAACCCGGAGGCAGAUCGGCUAAAGGCAAUGGCAGCCGUACAGGCCAUGUUCGAGAAGUACAAGCUACUUGCAGCUCGUAGACCAAAGAACCACGUCGACUUUGACCGGGAAGUCAUGCUGAAUCUGGAGCUUGUGGAUGCCACUCUCGAUGGCACCGUCACCUACGAGUUCUUCAUUGCGCCCAACCUGUCUAACUUGAACAAUGUCAUGCAUGGAGGUGCUGCUGGAGUCAUAUUCGACAUGUCCACGACUACAGCGCUAUGUCCCCUUGCUCGGCCUGGCUUCUGGGAAUUCAUGGGCGGUGUCACGCGCACCCUCAACAUUUCCUAUCUCAAGGCUGUGCCAAUCAACACCAGAGUGCGGCUCAACAGCAGGGUAGUGAGUAUCGGAAAGCAAAUGGCGAUGAUCCGAGGCGACAUGACCAGUCUGGAUGGAAAGAUCACAUAUUGUACCGUGGAGCACCACAAGCCAGUCUUCCUCUUCCUCGUCAAUGAUCUGGUGUUCGGGGUACAGGCUUCGCAAUUGGCUAAUGGUGCCUAUCCGCGGCGGGUAGACCAAAUCGUCACCAAGCACACACCAAAGGCUUUACCACCAUUCUUAGCUAUGGCUUCGCAAAAACGUGGCGGAGGCUUCAACCACUAUGGCCGAGACCAACAGCAGAAGAGGCAUCAGCCUCAGCCUCAGCCUCAGUAUCGCAACGGCUCGAAUCUCAACUCCUUCCCACCCAAGCCCGAGCUCUCCUCUAAGGACAUGCAGACUGGACUGACAGCUCUUUUGGACAGAUUCGUCGCAGAAGAGGCGACUGUCGGGGCAGACAAGGAUAUCCUCCAUCACGCGCACGAGCUCCGUCGUCUACUUUGCGCCCGAGACGAUUCAGCUUCUGCCAGAGCGAAGCGCGAGCUCGACGAGCAACGGCCUGACAAGGCAGUCAAAGUCGCCGUACCAGAUUACGUCGAGCGCAAAGUACGCGCCGCCCAGGACCUGCCUCCCCUACCGCCUAUCAAAGAACCCCACCUGCACGAAGCUGUCUUUACUCAUCGGUCCGCCAUCUUCGACCCUAGUAUCCCUGGCUCUACGCUCGGCGGGGACCUCAGUCUAGACUACGAGCGACUAGAACUCCUCGGCGACGCCUACAUCGAACUAAUUGCCUCCCGCGCCCUCUACAACCGCUUCCCACACGUCGACGUCCCAGACCUCUGCACCUGGCGCGAACGACUAGUCGAGAAUUCGGCUUUGAGCAAGUUCUCCAACGCAUACGGUUUCCCAGACCGACUGAAGCAUCGCUCUCAGUGGGACAAGAACUCCAAGCAAUAUCAGAAAGUAGUCGCCGACAUCGUCGAAGCCUAUGUCGCAGCAAUCGUGCUGUCCGACCCAGAGAACGGAUUCGAGACCGCCGAGACAUGGCUGACUGAGCUCUGGGCACCACAACUCCUUGCCUUCAAAGAGAAGAUCAUCGAGAACCCUCAAGCCAGAGACCAGCUUAACAAGCUUGUUCUCGGCAAAGGCGUCAAGCUCAUCACCAAAGAGGAGAAACCCAUGACCUACGACUCAAACAGCGUACAAUGCUACCACAUCGGCAUCUACCUCACCGGCUGGGGGUACGAAAACGAAUGGCUUGGCAGCGGUGAUGGACAGAACAAGGUGCAGGCUGGUGUCGCUGCUGCUGCAGAUGCCCUGAAGCGGAACAGCCCCGUGCUGCAGGACGCCAUGCGGCAAAAGGACGAGUUGAGAGCAGCGCGCCUGAAGGAACAAGAAGAGAAAGAUAAGGCUGCAGGAGGCACUGAGCCGCAGAGAUGCUGUGCCAAAGAAGCGGAAAAAGGAAAUUGA